AUGUCUUCUAGCUCUUCCUAUCCUUCAUUAAAAGCUGGCAGCGCUGAGAAUAGUAAGUCUCCGAAGAUGUGCUGCAUGUGUCCGGAAACAAGAAAGCGUCGGGAUGAGUGUAUUAUUUCUAAGGGUGAAGAGCAGUGUUUUGAUCUUAUUGAAGCUCAUAAAAGAUGUCUUCGUGAAUUUGGCCUCAAUAUGUCUGAAAAAGCAGAGAUGAGAUAUGGUGCUCGCUUUCGUGUUCUAGGAACAAUGCUUCCAAGCCUAGUGAAUCGGGAAGUUUGUAUUAUUGGUAAAGCUAUCCAGGUUGCUUCUUCAGGACAAAGCCUAUUGGUCAGGUGUGUUGAUGGACCUGAAGUGCAAUGCCACCUACUUUCCCCUUUGCAGACUUCUCCGGAAAAUUUCAUUGUGGAAGUACAGGGGCGAGUUGUCGAUAACAGAGGUCAAACUUUAGAAGCGACUGCGGACGUAAUAAUCUUUUCUCACGAGAUGACUGAGAAAUUCAACGAGUCUCUAUAUAGUCAAUGUGUUCAAAUGACUGCCGAUUAUGAUCGUUUCUACGUCCAACCAAUGGGGGCUUAA